AUGCCUCCAAAACGUCCUCGUCAACCAGACAAUGAUAUUGAACCCACAACUAUCGUUCGUUCCAGCCGUGAAUCCAAAAAAUGCAACGAAUGCCGACGCCGUCAUGUCAAAUGCGAUGAACAACGACCGAAAUGCGGCAAUUGCGUAAAGUCCAAUGCAGAAUGCAGCUAUUCACAUAGCGGCAUGCGUUACGACCAUAUUUCAGACCGUCAAAAACGCGACGACAUGUACACUGAAAUCGAUGAUAUAUCCAAACGUGUUGAAGGAUUGCUGGCCGAGGCACAAAGUGAGCCGACCCACGAUGAUGUAGCAAGAUUGGCAUUGGAUUAUGGAUGGCAAGUGACGCUCACAUCAGGAGGACGCAAAUGCAUUUCUACAAACAUCAGCACUAUUGGACAACUGGCAACAAUUGUACCUGAAGCAUUGGGCAACGUUUAUGGAACGAGCAAUAUCAACAACAGCAGCACUCCCGUUUCCAUGCAACAACAGAAACCAUCACCUAUCACUAGUAGCUGCAGCAACCCUGAGAGUGAUGUCGUUCAUUUGCCGGUGCGUACCUCUUUACAGCAAUACAUGCAACCUUAUGAUCUUCAACCCACAAUAUCCACUUGUCCAUGCAUGUUGACUUUUAUCAUAUCGCCAUCACUCUUAUUGAGUGCAUCCAAUGAUCCAGAACUCUUAGCUCUCGGUGCCACUAUUCAUAGCGAUGCAUCACUUUAUUGCUGCAUACACAAUCCUCAGAGUCCUUUUAUCCCUGAUUCUUUUUCAACCAUACAAUCCACCGUUUCCUUGCCACAACUCACGAGAUUCAGCGACUGCACGCUUUCGAAUGUGUACUGGAAUUUGAUAAAGACAGCACGACUUUUUGACGAAUCACAAUUCAAUCAAGCUUAUAUCAACAUUGGAUCCACCAUCACAAAAGCAUUAUCACUAGAGCUGCACAAACCAACCACUGCUUUCGAUCCAACCUCCAUUGAAGCUGAAAUACGCAGACGUAUCUUUUGGGCCUUGUGGCUCCUUGAUACACAAAUACCACUCUUACUUGAACGACGUACAACCAUCCAGCUCGACAGCAUUGAGAUUGAACGGCCCAUGACAUGGAGUGGAAUGACGGAUGAAGAUAGGGGAUACACCGAAUGUUUACAAUACCUUAUUGAUGUACGAUGGCUACGUAUGAAGAUUGAGCAAAACAUUCAAAGCAUGAUGGAUGAAAAGGAUGAGCACAAGUUGCUUAAUAUGGUGAUCCAACAAGUACGACAACUAAGACGCUUUUAUGAACGUGUGGAUGACAAGUACAAUGUCGAAAUGAUCAAUAGCACCGAUACAUGUACCCAAUGGCAGAGACGAUGCCUGUUUAUCCUGUUGCUCGAGUAUGCAUUGAAUUGGCUGGUGCUCUUUGAUCGUUUCUUACCAGCCGUCCCUGAUCCAACAAAUGUAUCCGGCAAACGAUUCCCUGACAACCUUGCAGUAUCCAUGUGCCGUCAAGCUGCCGAUCUCAUGACGUUUGUCUUUGAAAAAUGGGUGUGGGACACCUAUGAUUGUCAAUUUCGUCUCUUUUUCAAUCAUCUUUGCAACUCAGUGUCAGUACACAAGUAUUUAUGCCGUUGCCCUGGCGUCUCGACUGUACAUAAGUGGAAAGCAUACGCAUCAUUGCAAUUCAUCUACAACCUCGUUGUUCGCAUACCCGACAUGCACAAUUGUACCAUAGCCAAGAAGCUCAUGGAGGAUAUUGCCUAUGCCUUGGAAGACUUACGUGAUGUGGCCGAAAUUGACUGGAGCCCGAAUGAGGACUUGAACGUGAUUGAAAGCAUCACCAAAUACUUUUCAGAAUGGAAACCUUCCUAUGACCCGUUACCCCCUUACGAUAGCAUCAACAUUUUCGCAAAAGAAUCGGCUACCAUGAUCACUAUCAUAGAGAUGCGCAAAAAAGCAGCUCAGGAUAUGGCUCUUGUACCUGCUGUAUAA